GCGAGGCCGGCCUUGAACGGAACGUGGGAAUGUGAAGUGAAAUCGACUUUCGCGGCCAGCCGAAAGCGAGUCGUCGUCGUCUUCUCCCCGCGGGCCAGCGCUGCACCCCCAGGACCACCAUGGCCAAAUCCUGCACCGCCAACAUCCGAGUCACCAAAGAGACGCGCGAGAAGAUGGCUCUCUUUAGAGAAUCGCUUUUGAAAGAGGGUGAAGAUUUUCUUUUCACAUUUUUACCUGCAAAAAUAUUCCAGUUGGAUAAGUUUCUUAAGGAAAAUUCACUCAACGUUCAAGAUUUGACUGCUCUUAAAGCCCCUCUGGAGAUCCCUAUUCCAGACCCCCCACCCAAAGAAGACGAGAUGGAUACAGGAAAAGAGGAAAAGGAAGCUCCCAAAUGUGGCUAUCUGAAAGGAAACGAGGUUCUCAUUUCACUUCUGGAUCGUGUGAAACCCGAAGUUCGCGAGUUUAAAGAAAAAUGCAGUUUGGUCACGACUUGGAUCCAGUUCAUGAUCCCCAAAAUCGAGGACGGCAACGACUUCGGGGUGGCAGUUCAGGAGAAAGUGCUGGAACGUAUCACGGCUCUGAAGACCAAAGCGGAUGCUUUCCAAACCACCAUUGCUAAAUAUUUUCUGGAGCGUGGAGAUGCGGUUGCCAAGGCCUCCAAAGACACUCACGUGAUGGAUUACCGGUGCUUGGUUCAUGAACGCGACGAAGCCAUUUACCGAGAAAUGCAGAUGAUGGUGCUUGAUAUCCGUGGAUUUUAUGCUGAGCUGUACCACAUCCUAAGCAAAAACCUGGAGAAACUGACCAACCCCAAAGGCGAAGAGAAGCCGUCCAUGUACUAACAGGGGGGAAAAAAAACGCAUUUAAGGGCAAACAGGGAAGGGAUGUUAUGUGGGUCACGGUACAUCUUUGUGCUAAUAACACAAUUUGCCGGAAUCCGCGACCGCCGUUCCUUGCAGGGGGAGCUCCUGGCAACUUUUUCUGUCUCUUUUUGGAGGGUGUCGGGCGUCGGGCGAACAUAAAAAUACAAGGUUAGAAAGAGAGCCGAGAUAUUUAGAACCCAGAAGGAAGGAGAUGUCACGGAAAGAAGCAAAAAGGGUAACAAAAUAAAAAGAUUUCGAUCAAUGUG